AUGGAGCCUCUAGAACGAGUCAAGACCCAUAAUGACUAUCCCCGCCGAACCCACUCAAUGGCAUCAGCCCCGAACUCGGACCCCUUGGACCUACCAUACCGAGAGGUGAACGAUGGAGCCAACAUGGAAGAAUAUACUACGGAAACAACAACCGGGGAGAUAAUCAAGCCAGUGCGGUCUGCCCUGACAGGAAAGGAUGAAGACUGGAGGCUGGUCACCUUCAGCAUCGAUGAUCCGGAGAACCCCAAAAACUGGUCCAAGGCAUACAAGUGGUACUGUACCAUGGUUGUUUCGUUCACUUGCUUCGUGGUCGCUUUCUCAAGCAGUGUCAUCACCGCCGAUAUUGAAGGACCCUCGGAAACAUUUGGCGUUUCCAGAGAGGUUAGUUUGGUCGUGGUGACUGUCUUCGUCAUUGGAUUUGGAGUCGGUCCAAUGGUGUUCGCCCCUCUAUCGGAGAUUGUAGGCCGCAGACUCGUCUAUGCAUCCACCUUGCUCUUGGCCGUCAUCUUCGUCAUUCCAUGUGCUGUUGCUCCCAACAUUGCGACCCUUAUCGUCUGCAGAGCAAUUGAUGGCAUUGCAUUCAGCGCGCCGAUGACACUGGUAGGCGGCACACUGGCCGAUCUGUGGAAAAACGAAGAACGAGGUGUCCCGAUGGCAGCCUUCUCAGCUAGCCCAUUCCUUGGUCCGGCCAUCGGUCCUCUCGCUGGUGGCUACCUUGCCGAUGCAACAAAUUGGAAAUGGCUCUACUGGUUGCAGCUGAUCCUUGCCUUUGUGGCUUGGGUGCUGAUCACGUUCACUGUCCCUGAGACUUAUGCGCCUACACUGUUGAAGCGAAGGGCGAAGAAGCUCAGGAAGGAAAAGGACGACCCAAAAUACGUCACUGAGAUGGAGCUUGAUGCUAGACCGCUGGCAGAGAGAUUGCGGAUGACUCUCUUCCGUCCCUUCCAACUUCUGUGUCUGGAGCCUAUUGUUUUGUUCAUCGCUCUCUACAUGUCAGUCCUGUACGGCCUACUCUACAUGUUCUUCAUUGCCUACCCGGUUGUUUAUCAAGGUGGUAAAGGCUGGAGUGCCGGAUCGACGGGGUUGAUGUUCAUCCCUCUCGCUAUUGGUGUUCUCAUGAGCGCUGCAUGUGCACCAUUCGUGAACAAGCACUACUUGUCACUGUACAAGAAGUAUAAUGGAAAGCCCCCUGCUGAAGCUCGUCUGAUUCCUAUGAUGUUCUCCUGCUGGCUUAUUCCGAUCGGACUCUUCAUCUUCGCCUGGACCUCCUAUCCCAGACUUCAUUGGAUCGGUCCUGCAAUCGGAGGCUGGCCAGUCGGGUUUGGUUUCAUCUUCUUGUAUAACUCGGCCAAUAACUAUCUUGUGGAUACCUAUCAGCACCAGGCCGCCUCCGCCCUUGCCGCCAAGACAUUCCUUCGAUCCAUCUGGGGUGCAUCCACUGUUCUAUUCACUGAGCAGAUGUACGCCCGACUCGGCUAUCAGUGGGCCAGCUCCCUGCUUGCCUUCAUCGCCCUCGCCUGCUGUGCAAUUCCUUAUGUCUUCUAUUUCAAGGGGGCGUCAAUUCGUCGUUUCUCCAAGUUCGCUUUCAGCGACGACGAAGAACAGGGAGAGAAGCAUUAG